CGUAUUAUCCUUAGGAAGAAGAAUAUCCAGCGGGAUAUUCCCACUGUAUUGUUGAAAGAACGGCGUUUCGACGUCCCAUCUCUUUCCACCCGUUCGAGUUACCUUUCUGUGAACUGGAGAAUCCCGUAGGGUCCUUGCUGACUGGAUAAGGUGCUCCCGUUAUAUAAUGUGGACUACUCGUACUAUUUUGGAGAAGCUGGACCCCACCAUCGCCACCGACCUUUCUACGUACCAUAAAGUGCCACCACCUCCUACUCCGCCUCGAAGAAGGUCUCUUUAGCGCAAAUGGCGUACAUCCGAAUGAAGCGGGCCACCGGCCCGCUCGACGGCGAAGUUAAGGCGCGCCUGCGUGGAGACGGCGCCCUCCGGGUCGCUGGCUAUGCCAGUACCGGCAGCGACCAAGGCGCCGCCACCUGCCUCUCCCGUCUCGUCCACGCCUUCAUUGAGACUGGCGGCCACGAUACCCCCUCUUCGCCCAAGGAUGAUGGAGACGACGAAGAUGGGUCCGAAGCGGACGCUGCCGCUUUCGAUCGGGAUCGCGCCGCCGCGAAGAUAGUCCGGGAGCUGAUAUGCCCCGCGGUGGACAUGAAUCAGUUCCGAAGGAGGCUGGCGGGCGAGGUCUGCGAGACGGCGGAGGGGUUCGCCUGGCUAAGGUCAAGCUGCGGUGGUUCUGCCUUCCGGCGCGCGGUGAUGGCGCGGCUGAGGGAUGCGGGGUACAAUGCCGGGAUCUGCAAGGCGAGCUGGGAAACCUCCGGCGGUCUCACCGGUGGGAGCUACGAGUACAUCGACGUGGUGGCGACGGCGGGGGAAGGGGAUGGCGACGAGCAGGGGAGAAGGUACAUCGUGGACUUGGAGUUCGCGGCGGAGUUCGAGGUUGCGAGGGCGACGGAGGCGUACAAGGAGGUGGUAGCGGCGCUGCCGAGGGUGGCGGUGGCGGGGGAGGAGGCGGUGAGGGCGGCUGUGCGGGCAGUGGCGGACGCGGCGCGGAGGUCGCUGCGGGCGCGGGGCCUGCACGUGCCGCCAUGGCGGAAGAGCCGCUACAUGCUCGCCAAGUGGCUCGGGCCCUACCGGCGGACGACCAACCCAGUGCCGACCUCGCUCCCCGCCGCGCCGCCUGGCGGCGACGUGAAGUGCCGCGCGGUGGGGUUUCCCACGGCGGCAAGGCUGUUGGCGGCCCCCACCGCCAGGACCCGGUAGAAGAGCCGGCGACGGCCGCGGCGAGCAGUGACCGAGUUCUUUUUCCUUGUCUAUAAGCGGUGAUCGAUCAAGUGUGUGACGUGACAGCGAUGACGUGGGCGAAUCUGUCUCGUGAUUGACCGAUUAUAAUGGGACCACGUUUUGUGGAUAAUCGGUAAUCAUACCGUGCGAGGAUGUCAUAUCCUUUUCUGUAGAACAUGCAAUGUAGUAAGGGACAGAGGCCGUGGCUGAUUUGACGUGGCACACAGCAUCACUGCCG